CGCUCAAUGUGUUCGUGAUCGUUACAGAUGGUAGCAGUAGCGCUAUGCGAUAAGUCCGCUGAUUGCGACCAAUGAUGCAGAAUGUAAACGUAGAGAUUUUGAGGAGAAUAAGAAAAAAUACUGCAAUAAAAGUGAUGCAAAGAUUAAAGAGUUUCAGGCGAAUAUAUUUAUGUAAAGAAGAGGAUGGAUGUCAUAUUUGUGAAAGUGUGAAAGGGCUACAGUAUAUGAUAAAGUGUCCCUGUGAAUGAAAGAAACUUAUGUCAUCAAGCAUGCAUAAAGGAAUCAGCUGACAGAUCAUGUGCUUGAAAUAACACUAUACGAGGUAUUAAUGUUGAAUAUCUUAAAAGAAGAAUAUCCAUAGAAAUGUCAUAGUUGUUUGUAAAUAAAAGCUUGUGUCAAAUUUAACGGGAUUAUUGUGAAACUUAUAUUUAAACUUUGUUAAUUCAAUAAUUUGCCUUCAAGGUCUUUUUAAAAGUGUUACAAUCAACACCAAAGGUGGAGAUUAGUCAAUAUCAACAUGGAAACUAGGAAUAAAAGUUUCUGGUGGCUCAUAUCGUCUGUAAACAGUGUUGCAGAUACUAAUGAGAACAAUUCUUCAGCCCCUCAAUUGGAAUUACAGUCUUCCUCGUCCAUUAAUAAUUUAUCAAAUGAUAAAAAUAGUAAUUUUAAUCUUGAUGUAGAUGUAGGAAGUAUUAUAGAAGAAAUAAAUAGAGUUGCUGCCCAAAGUCCAUUAGGCCCUUAUGAAAAAUCAGUUGGAGAAAGGAGCAUAGAUGAUCUACUUAAAGAAGCAGAAAAAAUAUAUAUUGAAAGUUCCAAGAGCUUUGAACAGCUAAGUCAGAGAAGUAAAACGUCCCAAAAUAUAUCUGAUCUGUUAUCAAAUAUUUCAAAAGACUCUACACCAACUCCAAAGAGUUUGAGUCCUUUACCAAUGGACCCUGAUCCUCAAGAACCAGAAGUUCAAGAGAUGAGUCAAAGUGAUGACGAUUAUAGUGAAGAUUUUUCUGAAGAAAGUAAGAUGCAUUCAGCUAAGGGGUCUCCUACCAAUAAUUCAAUUUGCAAUGAAUCAAAAGAGUUAAAUUGCAUUGACAAAAAAAAUAUAGAAGGAGCUAUAGAAAAGUCUGCUAUUGAUCAAGAUAUUGAUUCUGAAUUAAGCACUGGAAAAUCAUCAAGUAUGAUAAAAUCUCAAUCCUUGAAUUAUUUCAAAGCUUCAAAUACCUCUCGUGUUAAAACAAUUGUUAAGAGUCAGUCAGAAGUUGCCUCUUUGGGCAAAAAUGUGCAGGCACCAAUAGUUGAAACUAAAAGAGAACAUUUUAGUGAGUUGGAUGAAAAAUUGCAGAAAUAUGUGGAAGAUGAUGCUAGAAAACAAUGUUUGAUUGAAGAUUUAGAGAGACACAACAAACUUUUAAAAAAAGAAUUGGAAGAUUUUAAGGUGGAAUUACAAAGGACGCAAACCGCCUUGGAACAAACCAAAUCCGUAUUAUCAUCUAAAACCCUUUCGUCUCCAGAAAUAAAUAUGGAGUUGGAAAAAGCUUUAGAAGAUCUUAAAGAUUCUAAAGAAAUGAAUACAUCUUUACAACUUCAGCUAGAAACUGUCAAUAAAAGCCAUCAACUUCUUAAAAGUUCUUAUGACGAUCUUUUGGAUUCUAAUAAAAAAUUCGAACGUCGUCUUUUUGAAUUAGACAACAGCUUAGACAAAUAUAAGAACGAAUUUAUUCUGUUACGACAAUCGAAAGAUAAACUAGUAGAGAACGAAGUGAAUUUAAAUAAAUUACUGGAAAUGGAGAAACUUCAAAAUAAAAAUUUCAAACUCCAACACGAAAAAGACGCCAAAUGUAUCCAAGAUUUGAAUAGACAAAUUAAGGAAAUGGAAAGAAUUAUAGCUAGGAAACAUCCAGAUUCAGUAUCGGCAUUAAUAGUCGCAGCUAAAGAAAAUGCUAUGGACUCGAACUUAACAGCUAGGAAAAUUUUGGAAGAUAGAAUAAAAUCGUUGGAACAAGAACAAGUCAGUAGAGAAACCCAAUCUUCCAAAGUUUUUAUGGAAAUACAAGAAAAGUUUAACCAAAUGAAAUCCAAAUACGAAAAUCACAUCGAGGAUUUGGAAUUACACGUUUGUGAUUUAAAGAAUCAGUUGAAAAGAAGAAGCGAAACUUAUGACGUUUAUACUCAGACUAUGGUCGAAGACAAAAUACCGCAGAAGGAAACUUUUACUACUUUCACACAAACGGAUGCCGUCACGUCAGCAGUUCCAUCUCCACCAACAACUACUAGUAAACCACAGAGAUCAAUAACUUCAAAGAAAAAUGAGGAUUCUCAUUUGUUAGCUACUAUACGAGGCUUACAAGCAGAUCUCGCAAAUAAAGAAAAAGUAAUUACUAAACUUCAGAAAGAAAUCGAAGAUCUGAAGAAAACAAAUAAGAGAUUACAAAAGGAAAGAGAGGGUAGUUUAAAAAACUUAAUUGAUAAAAAGGAACUGAAAAGUCUUCCCCUGGAUCGUCUACAAACAAGAUCAAAUAGCUGUAGUUCGGAGAAGGAUUUUCGGAAGGAAGAAACGGUCCUCCAUUUAAAACGAGAAAGGGAUAAAUUGAAACUACAGUUAGAUAAAUUACAAGAAGAUUAUCAACAACUACAAAGUAAGAGGAUAGGAGACUUAACUGCCCUUCAAGAGGCCCACGAACAAGAAGUGUCCAAUUAUAUAGCUAGUGUAAGCCCUUUAAGAGAACAGCUGGAAAUUCACCAGAUCUCAUUAGCGUCUCUUCAAUCUCAGUUGACUUCUGCUAGAGAAGAAUUAGCAAUUGUUAGAGUUGAAAGUGAUCACUUGAAUAAUCGUUUGCUUAAUAUGCCAACUAGCAAUAGGACGUUUGCGGAGGAUACUGUAGGUGUAUCUCCUUUAUUACAAAAGAUUGGAUUUUUGGAAAAACAGUAUGUGGAACGUGAGUAUAGGUUAAGGUCUAUGAUCCAAAACUUGGCUCAAAAAAACUUAACCAACAGAAGUUGUCCACAAUGUUCAGAAAGACAUCAGCAGUUGAUUUCGUAUAAAGCAGAGUUGGACCAAACUUUGACUUCCGUCCGAGCGUUUCAAUAAUUCAGACAUAAGCUGAUUAAGUAUUCCAAAGGGGAUUGGUUUGUUAAUAUGUCAAAUUUUAUUAUUAAUGGUAUUAAGCGAAACAUUAAUGAGAACAGGAAUAAUUUAAUACGAGGGCCACUUUUCUUUCAACCUUCGAUCGCUCCGUGCAGACGCUGAUGCUCCCGCCAAGUAUGUAUUGCAAAGUGUGAUACGUUUUCUACAGGUCAUAGUGCUGCAGAAAUCCAUCGGGGAAUAAAUCGUGUAUAUAGGAAAAACUUCGUGAGUGAAUGGUGUCGAAAGUUUAAAGAUGAGUUGAUAGAAUGGAUAAAGAAAACCGCAGAUUCACCAUUACUGUUUUGUCUACGAAAUUUCUAGAAGUUUCAAUGUUUGCUUUGUACUCUAUUCUUACUGAACGGUUAGGCUCCAUUAGCUUUCUUUGAAGAGGGUAUUGAAAGGCUUGCCCACAGAUAUGGCAAAGGUCUCAAUCUCUUCGGUGAUUAUGUCUCAAAGUAUGUGUACCAAUAUUUUGGUAAUAAAAUUAUUGUUUUAUAUGAACUAUUUAUAGCCUAUCGGAGAUUGGAAAAAAAACGGCCCUAGUAUAGUGAAGUACUGAAACUGUACUAGAAAUUAUAUUUCUGUCAUGGACUUUACAUAAUCAAGUUGAGCUGUAACAUGAACAAAUUUGUAAAAGUUACUUCACAUUGGAUAUGAAAAUAAUUUCACUACCUUUUAUUGCGUUAUUAAAUGUUUCAAUUAUCACCAUCAAUGAAAAAAUAUUGUUUAUGUAAUACAAUCCCAUUAAUUAAUUAUUAGCAUAAGCCCACACAGCAAAAGUUACAUUUUCUUAUUUUUUGUGAUUAUCCGCUAAUAUACAUGAAAAUUUCCAUUUAUGUUCAUAUCUAUAUAAUCGGAAAUACAAAGAAUACAGAUAUUGUAUUGUGUAAUUAGUGCAACUUACGGUCUAUCAUCUUUUCACACAAGUGUAUGAAAAAUCUAAUUUCCAUACUUGUAUUGUUUUCCGUAUAAGAAAUACUUAAUAUUUCGUCCUAUUAGUGCAGAAAGUGUAAAAUUGAGCCAUUAUAUUCAUUAGGAAGCAGUGCUUCAUUUGGCACUAGUAUGAAACUCACAACUGCAUAAAUCCAUGAGGUGAAACAUUCCAUAGAUACAAAUAUAUGUAGCUGACAUGAAUCAUUACCCGAAUACACUAUUGCUUGGAAAUAUUAUACUUUUUAUUUUUAUAGACCCUCGAUUUCUUAUUAAGGCAAAACACUAUAACACUAUACAAAGUUUUUUUUAUUAAUAACAAAAAAUAUUCAAAUAUUUUACAAUUUAUUUUAAAUAAUCUUACGUGCAGCCAUAGAACAUACCCUAAGAAGAAAUGCAAAUUUAGUUAUUAUUCAGUGGAAACAACAUGGCGGAUUUUCGAUGCUAGUGUCCUCGAUUAUAGGUGGCAGAACUAAUCUAUUUUCGCGGUUCAUUUAAAUUUACAACAAAGAAUAUCUACCGUAUUCUGUGUUAUUCAUUUUCAUUCAGUUCCUAUUUCGCAGUUUUCUGAAUUCACGAUAGAAAAAAUACCUUAGAACUGGGACACGUUUAUUUACAAAAUAAUAUUUACAUACAUUUUUAACUAAACCAAGGAACAUUAAUUGACAUGAUUACAAUAUCACUUUUAAAAUAAGAUCUAAUAAAAUACAGAUAUUUCUCACAAACAAAUUAAAAAGUGUAAUAUGUGAAUAAAUACUAACCAGAAUAAAAACAGCAAAAUAAUAUCAUUAUAAUAUCAUUUUGGGAUUUAACAGUGUCUCAAAAUCAAAACAAAAAAAUACAGCCUUUUAAACAAUAAUAUUAAAAUUUUGAGAAACAAAAAUAAAUAUUCUCUCUGUAAACAUGAAUCAAUAAAAUUGUAAAAUAAAUCAGCCUUCUAUAAUUAACAAAAGAAAAUUUUGAUCCCACAUGAUUCCAUCAGAUACAUCUCUUCGUCCUCCACUCCCAUUAAACGAUUCUUCCCUCGUUGGAGGUAAACUGCUUCUGGAAUACUGCUCACGGUUGAAGUGUUAUUUUCAUUCUCUUCUUAUCCAACGCAGCUCUGUUUGUAGAUCUCUGAUCACAAAAUGUAGCAACAACUUUCAAAUUUUUCAAGAUGUCUUAUAUAUGUUAUGUAAAACAAUAGACGAUGACUGAACUUUCAUGCUUUUCAUAAUGAAGUCCUGUAGACAGAGAAAUUUCAUCGAGUAAUAAACACAGUGGCGAUAAUGUUCAUUCAUUUUAUUCACUUGGAGCUUCAAUGAGUUUCAUGAUAGUACCAUUGAUACCAGGUAUUCUUGACAAAAUUCCUUUCAGUGUUGAAACUGAAGGCAACUGAAAAUAAUUUGAUAAAGAUCUAACAACCUAGGAUUUCUUUUGUACAGAAACACCAAAAGUUUUUUCCUGUAUGGUUUUCCUGUCCCUUGUCUGCGAAUAUUUCUUAACUGUGAGUAAAUGAAUUCUUUCGUUACAUUAUUUAAACCUUCUCUUAUACACUUAAAUGUUCCAAUUUCACACAUCCUCUUCAAUGUCUCUACCGAUUUUUCGUCGUCAAAACUAUUAAUUUCCUCUAUAACAAUGCAGUCUGAAAAACUCCAAUAAUUCUUCUAUAGUUAAAUUUCCAGAUGCUAAGGGAUGAAAACUCGGACUAUUAACUUGAUGCUCUUCGACAAUCAUAUCAGUGUCUACUAUACCUGUUUUUACAGCAUAUGAAUAUUUUUGGUUUACCAUACAGUAGUGAACUUUGGCAUAACUGUGAACUUCAUAAAUGAAAGUAGACAAUGAAGGCAGAUGAGAGGUAGAAAUAGAUGGGAUAGCUUCCCUUCCAUAUAUCUACUAUUGCAUCCUGGAAAUUUACAUCUAUACUCUGUCACCUACCUUCAAGUCCAUCCUGAAAUAUUAAAUGAAAAAUGACAGACAAGGAUACUUAGCAGUGAAUUUUUCAGUUAUUUCCAAUGAGAUCCUUCGUCGUCUUGGGCUGUGCUCCCUACAUGGUUCUAAAACAAAUUCUCAUUAAUAUGAAAUUACAACCUAAGAAAUAUAUAUUCUCCAUUCAACCGAUUUCAACAAAAAAUCAUAAUUAUACAUUACAUUUCUGACUAUUUCCUUCGAAAAAUUUAAGCCAACCAAAAAGCUGUAAUAUUUUAUGUUUACCUAGCAACGAUCAAAUUUCAGCGAUAAUACUGCACUAGUGCAAAUUAUCGAUAAUUUGCACUAGUGCCAAAUUUUCGUCUAGGAUUAAUAAACAUCAUUUGAUUUUAAUUUUAUAUUUUAAGAAAAGGAACAAUUAUUGAAAAUGCAAUUAGAAUAUACAACUUUACUGGAGGCCGACGAUGGUGUUUCUAUGCUGCUUCCACCACUUCUUAUUGUUACUUCGCUACUGUCAUUUCGCAUUUUUUGUACAAUUUCCUCGUGGUGUUCACUAUUUACUUGGAGGUAACUCCUUAUCGAGGCCUGAUUUGAGUGUCCGGUAACCUUCAUAAUUUGAUUUUCUGAAACCCCAACCUUGGCAAGCUGAGUAACUGCCGCAGCACGGUUCGAGUGAUUUGUCACUUAUAUUCUUUUCGUGUCAAUUCCUAUCAACUACGGUAUAAUUUAAAGAAUAACAAAUUUUAAACACAGAAUUAAGUUUAUUUUAAAUUAAAUUUUUCUCAUGAAAUAGUCUGCCAAAAUGCCCUCUCGUGCAUGUCAAAUUGUCUCAUAAUUUCCUCGAGUGGGCAUUCGCGCACUCGAGAAAAUUAAAUUAUCGACAAUUUGACAUGCACUCGGGACAUUAAUAUUGAUAAUAUCACCUACCUAUGUAACGAAAUCUGAAGUAAAUGUGGCGGGAAUUCAGAAAUUGAUGACGGAUGACAUAUUGACAUUGACAGUAAUGACACAUUUUUAUUACACUAGCAUCACGAUUGGAAGGUGGCAGAACUAAAUUUGUGUUGCCGAGAUUUCCAUAAAAGUUGACCUUCUUUUUGGUAUGUUCUGUGCGUGUAGUUAAAAUAAUGACAUUAUACGUUAUUAUUACUUAACCAACUAAAAUUUAUGUUACAAUUUUAAUACCUUUAUUAAAAAUCCUAACCUCUUAUUUAUUAGUUAAUCUUUUGCAUUUCGAAUAUGCUUAACAGAUACAUGAGGACAUUGAAAUUUUUGCAGGAAUAUAACCACACGACAAUGUAUAUUUUUUUAUGAAAUCAAGAGUUUCGGAAAGAAUAAUCUGAAAUAGUUAAAUAAAGUCAAUGUUAGACAUACCUACGAUAAUAGUUAUUAUAAAAGAUUGCACUUUCAUAAAAGAGUGUUGUCCCUAAUUAGAUAAUAAACAUUUUCUAUCCACAGGAAAACGUGUGUUUCUCAUUCAAAUAUUUUUUGCCUUUCUAAGGCCCAAUACACACGGAGCAACUGGAAAAAAAUAAACUGAAGUUACUGGUUGCUAACUGAAUAGUGACAUGUCUCUACACAAACAGCAGAUUCAAUUGUGACCAAAACAUUUUCAAAAUUUAUCAAUAAAACAAAAAAAUUAAGAAUAACAAAAUGUUUCUUUUUCAAAUUGACUCGACGAUUCAUGCUUCACUCUACUACGUAGGCUACGGGUAGCUGUCUUUAUUGAUUCCCUGAGGAUGUCGUGGGUCGGGUGAACAGAAUAUUUUCGAUCAAGUCCAAUGCCUCUUAAACUGUUCCACUUGAUGGUCAGUCAUCAUGUUUAAUAAAAAUAUCAUCAAACCAUCCUAUUUUGUAGUUUCUGGUUAUAUAUGCGGUUUUAUUAUUUUUUCUUUGCAAAUAAUCAUUUCUUUGAAUUGAGUCGUUAUUUAUUGUCACUAAACUAAGUUUCUAGCACAUAAAAUUGAAUCCAAAAUUAUGAAGAAUUUUAAAAAUAAAUUAUCUCAGUGUCGAACCAAACAAUACAGUUGAAACUUCUUUUUUUGCAAAUAUACAAACUAUUCUGGAAUACUAAUAACAAAUAUACUUCUAAGAAACAAAAUGAAUAAAUAGAAUGGAGACAGUAAUUUUAAUAGAACGAAUUACUAACCUGUUAAAUUUGUGUUGUCGUGAUCAGAUUGAAAACUUGAGAGGCGGGUGAAUCAAGUUGCCAGCAAAUCAACAGGUCGAGUUUUUUAAGGCCGACCGUCCACGAUGCAACUGUUUUGGAACAAAGGCUGCAAACCUGUUGAUCUUGCAAAAGUUUUGCAAUCAAAACAUUUUUGACCGCACACGGAUUGUGUAAUCAGUAUUAAAUCGGUUGGUGCAGCAGUGAAACGUAAUUUUUAUUUCUUAGAUGAGGAAGACGUCAUUGAUUAUUAUCAAUACCGCAGACAACGCAGGAUACAGAGAGAAUAUUGGAUCUAUCCAUAUCUAAAUCAAAAUGUGAACUCUAGACUAUUUGUAGCAACACAAGAACUGUCUCAGACAGUUAGAACAUUUCGAAUGUCGAUAAAAAGCUGUUUUUCCGCUUCUCCCACAAAUUUGAGGUUUAGUUUUUGAUCACUUAUAUUGAAAAAACAAAAUAAAUAUGUGAUAAUCAUAUAAAACAACACCUGCAACGCAACCGCGAAUGCGGAAUCAUGGUCACGUUCAACCGAUUGCAAACUAGUGUCACCUCGUGUGCGACUCCCUGCUGUUAUACGUUGCCGAGGUCAACUGGUUUGCAACUUUUGUUUCAAAACACUUGUAUCGUGGGUGGUUGGUCUAAACUGGCUGCCAACACGUUGCAGACUGGUUGGUAACCAGUUACCCCGUCUGUGGUUCCCCAUUCAAUUACAAAGGUAGUUACCCAUUGCGAUUUGCGUUAGAAAUGAGUUUCUUGUGAGUUGAUCGUUGUUAAUAAGGUUGUUUUUUUUGAUCUGUAACGUAUACCUACAUGUAUUUUACUAGAAAAUAUAAUAUUCCAAGAAGAUUCAAACAGAUUAAGUCAAAAUUAGAAAUUAAAAUUUAUUUUUGUUAAGAGAAUUCAACAGGUAUAAACUGAGCAUCAACUACUAAUUUAAUAUCCCUCACAAUAUUUUAUUUAAGUUAUUUUAGGGUGGUUCGUACUCUAAAACUCUAAAUAAAUUACUAUAACUAUAAACUAUAAACAAAGUAGAAGUACGUAACAAAGUAUUAAAUUUUUCUCUAUAUUUUCAAAGUAAUAAUAGAAUAAUAAUACAUUAAAAUAUUUAUUGGUUGUGGUUGUUUUUUUGCUUUAUACCAAUUAAUAUGUAAAUGACUGUAUGUUCUGGUCUUCUAUUUUUGAACAAAACUCCAAAAAUUAAUGCUAUACCUGUAUUAUCUAUUAUAUGUGUUACAGCAAAAAUUAUAAUUCGGUGAUUAUGUAAAAUUACCGGUGAUUAUACAUAAUCGUAAUAGGGGAUGCGAUAAAUAUCAUAACUUAUUGGCAAUGUUCGUGAUUUUUUUUAUUUAAAUUAGAUUUGUAAUUUAAAAUGUAAUUUAUUAAACAGACCUUCAAUUUAUAUUUAUUCAUUACUUUAUAUCUGUAAAAGUAAUACAAAUCUUAACAGCAUCAUAAAAUAUAAUUGAAGUAAAACCUUGUUUAUUGGGCGAGUAGAAUAGAGUGCAGGUUUUUUUUGAGUAGUUACUACCUAACCUAACUACUGUUUGUUUUCUUAGUAUCCAUAAUAUUACGUUAUUUGGAAUUAAAACGCUAAAGUUUAUUAGCCAUUAUUCAAUGUUUUAUUUUUUACGAGAGGGUAGCGAAAAAACGUAAACAUGCAACGAAAUUAGAACUAAUUCUGAAAUCACGUGGUUGUUACUUGCCAAGCAGUUGCGCAAACUGAACGAAUUUUCGUAAAGUUAGGAACUUUUAUCACAUUCUCCAUCACGAGUUGGGGAUUUUAUGAACUAACCCGUAAAUAUGAAAUAAUUUAUCAUAUUUACCAAAUUCAGUGGUAACAAUGUAUAAUCACCGGUAAUUUUAUAUAAUUACCGAAUUUAUUACUUUUACCGUACUUAUUUGAAAAUACAUAUUUUAUAACGUAUACAUCGACAUUUUUUUUCUACUAUUGAUAUAAAUGACUUGCUGUGUGGGAAAUGUGUUUAACGAUAGUGAAUGUUAAAUUUAUUUUUGAAUGUUGUUAAUAAAAUUGCGUUGUUUA